GGUUGUCACCAGCCCUGCAAAUGUGUGUGACAUGUCCCUCUCCCUGUGAAAGGGUUCAGGGUGGGGGUUGGGGUGGCACUGAGGAGCAGGUCUAGGUGUAGUCUAACCUGUUCUCCAGCUUAGGUGGUGGUCAGAGAAGGCAUUUAACUGACAGAUCCUCUUAAAUUGACAGAACAGCUGAGGUACAGAGGAAACAACAUUGCCUGGGCUUUUGGAGGACUCUAAGACGUUGACAAGGUUAUAGUGAACAUUUUCUUGAUAUGCUGCUGUAAAUAUACUUCAGAAAUCAUGAAUGGGGAAAGUCAGCAAAGACGUUAUUCCGAAAGCUUGGUCCUGGAGGAUUCAGACAGAGGAGGAGUUGUCAUCACUGGAAUCACAGACCCUAGCGUCACUAAUAAGAGUGGCUUGAAAGAAGGCGAUGAGAUUGUCGCUGCCACCAUACAUCUUAACCACCUUAAUAAAGAUGACCUGAUGAAAAUACUUAAGAUCAUGGAGCCUUAUGAAGACAACAUGAGUUUUGUGACAAAGCCGGAUCUGAAUGCCAGCGUCAGUCUCAGCUCACUGGACAGUGGUCUCAAAAGUCCCGGGGAUAUGCUCAAAGAUACCUACAGCAGAAUGCAGCGAGCAGUUGAGGCACCAUCUAUUGAGGUUAAUGGCCUCAAUGGACAAUUAAAUGCAGAAGGCUGGUUGAAGAAUGAAAUCAAUGGUCCCACUUUGAAUGGGGUAUUGCCCAAUGUGACAUUGGACACACCUGGACCUGAUGGAGGUGCAAAGUUCCCCACCAUUGGAAUGUCUGGGCCAGUAAUGAAAGGAGCAGAUCAGGAGGGCACCCUCACACACCCUAAAGUCAGUCUAUCAACACCAGAGUUCAGCACUCCAGAUGCUUCACUUGACUUGGAGAAACCUGAGGUUAAGACAAGUGGAUUUAUGUACAAGCCUCCAAAAUUCAAAAUGCCUCACUUCAAACUACCACACGUAAAAGCCAACGUGCCAAAGGGAGAUGUGAAUGUAUCAGCAGAUUUAGAAGGCCCUGGUUUCAGUGGAGAGCUAGAGACACGAGACCUGAACCUCUCAUCCCCUGAUGUGGAAAUCAAACGCCCAGAUUUGAAUGGGCCAAAUGCUGUCUUGAAAGCUCCAGCUGUUGACAUAGAGGCUCCUUCUGGCAAAUUCAAAUGGCUUACUCUCACAAAGCCCAAGUUUGGAUUAUCUGGACCAAUAAUGAAGGGACAUGAAGUAGACAUAGAUGCUGACCUGUCUGCACCUGAUAUGAAUCUCUCCACUCUAAACAUUGAUGGAGAGAUAAGUGCAUCAGAUGUAGACUUGAGUAUACCAAAAGCUGAGGUAGAUCUGCCAGCUCCAGAUAUCGACAUUGAGGCUCUCUCAAGUAAAUUUAAAUGGCCUCAUUUAAAUAAACACAAAUUUGGUCUUCAUGGGCCCAAAGUCAACUCCCCUGGUGUGGAUGUUAAGGCAGAUCUGGAGAAACCAACAGUUGAUCUUUCUGUCCCAAAGAUUGAGGCUGAAAUGAGCAACCCAGAUUUAGAACUGAAUUUACCCAAACCAGACCUCAGCAGCCCUGAGGUAGAUGUGAAAGCCCAUGUUGUUGAUAUUCAUCCUCCCACUGGGAAACUUAAGUUCCCAACACUCAAAAAGCCCAAUUUCAGGCUCUCUGGACCAAAUAUAAAAGCUCCAGACAUUGAUGUUGAUGCAGAUCUGAAGGCACCUGACCUCAGUCUCUCUGUCCCUGAAGUUGAGGCAGGGCUUAACAUGCCUGAUUUGCACACCAAUUUGCCAAAUGCAGAUAUCAAAGGCCCUGAAGUAGACCUGAACGCAUCAGAAGUGGACAUUGAGCCCGUUUCAGGGAAAUUCAAAUGGUUUACUCUAAAAAAAACAAAGUUUGGUCUCUCUGGACCCAAGGUUAAGGGUCUCGAAGAAUUGAAUCUCGCCCCUCCAAACGUUGAUGGAGAAAUAAAUGCACCAGAUGUAGAUCUUAUUUUACCCAAAUCUGACCUGGAAGGCCCAGAGGUAGAUGUUGACACUGAUGCCCAUUCUGGAAAAUUCAAGUGGUUCAACCUAAAGAAGCCCACAGCUGAUUUGAAAGGUCCAGAUGUAGAUCUUCAAGCACCAGAGGUCGACAUUAAGACACCCUCUGGAAAGCAGAGAUUUCCAACUUUAAAAAUGCCCACAAUUAACUGGACUGGACAUAAGGUGAAGGGACCAAAGCUUGAUGGUGAUCUGAAGAGAGCAGAAUUGGACCUAUCAGCUCCCAAGUUUGAUGUGAAUUUACCAGGAGCAGAUCUCCAAGGCCUUGAUCUUAACCUCUCCACACCAUCAAUUACAGCAGACAUUGCUGUUCCAGAUGUAGAUCUUCAGGCACCAGAAGUUAACAUUGAGACACCCACUGGAAAGAAACGAUUUCCAACUUUAAAAAUGCCCAAAAUUAACUGGUCUGGACAUAAGGUGAAGGGACCAAACCUUGAUAUUGAUGCUGAUCUAAAGAAAGCAGAUUUGGACCUCUCAGCUCCAGAGGUUGAUGUGAAUUUACCAGAAGCAGAUCUCCAAGGCUCUGAUCUCAACCUCUCAGCACCAGCAAUUGAAGGAAACAUCGCUGUUCCAGAUAUCAAUGUCAGUUUGCCUGAAGCUAACCUCAAAGGACCAGAUGUAGAUUUAGACCUUGAUGCUCCCUCUGGAAAAUUCAAGUUGCCAAAACUAAAAUGGACAAAAAUAAGAAAAGUAAAAGGACCAGAACUUGAUGUUGGUCUUAAGACCCCAGAAUUAGCUGUUGAUGUUAAUUCACUUGAAGCAGAUCUGAAAGGGCCUUGUCUCAACUUGAAAACAACAGAUCUCAACCUUUCAGCACCAGCAAUUGAGGGAGACAUUGCUGCUCCAGAUUUCAAUAUCAGUUUGCCUGAAGUUGACCCUGAUGCUCCCUCUGGAACAUUCAAGUUGCCAAAAUACAAACUCCCAAAAUUCAGUGUAACAGAGCGAAGAGUUAAAGGACCAAACCUUGAUGCUGAGCUAAAGGCCCCAAAAUUGGAUGUCUCUGUUCCUGAUGUGGAUGUCAGUUUGCCGACUGCUGACCUCCAAGCCCCUGUAGUUGAGCUGAAAACACCCGACCUGGACCUUUCUGCUCCAAAGAUUGAGGGAACCAUCGCUGCUCCAGAUUUGAGUGUCAGUUUGCCUGAAGCUGACAUCAAAGGUCCAGAGGUAGAUCUCGACACCCCAGAAGUUGACCUUGAUGCUCCCUCUGGAACAUUCAAGUUGCCAAAAUUCAAACUCCCCAAAUCCAGUUUAACAGGACCAAGAGUUAAAGGACCAAACCUUGAUGCUGAGCUAAAGGCCCCAAAAUUGAAUGUCUCUGUUCCUGAUGUGGAUGUCAGUUUGCAGACAGCUGACCUCCAAACCCCUGUAGUAGAGCUGAAAACACCAGACCUUUCUGCCCCCAAAAUCAAGGGAUCUAUGGCUGCUCCAGAUUUGAGGACCAAUUUGCCUGAAGCUGGCAUUAAAGGUCAAGCGAUAGAUCUUAAAGCCCCAGAAGUUGAUCUUGAUGCUCCCUCUGGAACAUUCAAGUUGCCCAAAUUCAAACUCCCCAAAUCCAGUUUAACAGGACCAAGAGUUAAAGGACCAAACCUUGAUUCUGAGCUAAAGGCCCCAAAAUUGGAUGUCUCUGUUCCUGAUGUGGAUGUCAAUUUACCGACAGCUGACCUCCAAGCCACUGUAGUAGAGCUGAAAACACCAGAUCUCAACCGUUCUGCCCCCAAACUUGAUGGUGAAGUGAAUGUACCAGAGAUUAGAAUGAAUGUACCCAAAACUGAUCUCAAAGGACCUGGACUAGUUCUAAAAGCUCCAGAUGUAGACAUUGAUGCCCCUUCAGGCAAAUUCAAAUUGCCCCAUUUUAAGCUCCCCACAUUUGGCCUUUCAGGUUCUGAACUGGAGGGACAAAACCUUGACGUUGAGACACCUGACAUUAAAGUUUCAGUUCCCAGAGUUGAGAGUCGACUUGAAGCUCCAAAGGUAGAUAUAGCUCUACCUCAAGCAUACCUCAAGCUAUCAGAUCCUAAUGUUAAAAGUGAUAUCAGUGCUCCAGAUGUAAAUCUAAGUUUACCAAAAACGGACCUCUCUGGCCCUGAGGUAGAGUUGAAUGGUCCUGAUCUAAAUCUCUCUACCCCAGGAAUUAAAGUAAGUGUCCCAGACAUUAAAGGCCCUGAGGCCAAGUUUAAAGCUAAAGACGUUGACAUUGAGGCUCCCUCUGAAAAACUGCCACAUUUUAAGAUGCCAAAGUCUGGUCUCUCGGGGCCUAGAAUAAAGGGCACAGAAUUUAAUGCUAGUGCAAAUGUAAAUACACCUGAUGUGGAAGUUUCAGUCCCCAAAAAGGAGGGAGAGAUUAGUACCCCUGAACUGAGUCUCUCUGCUCCUGGCAUUGAGGCCAGUGCUGACAUGCCAGAUUUGGAUGUAAAUGUACCAGAAGCUGACCUCAAAGUAGAUGUUGAGGGAGACACUCACAAAAGUACAUUCAAAUGGCCAUUCAAGUGGCCAAGCUUUAACUUAUCUGGCUCAAAAGGUAAAGAUUCUGACAUGGACGAUGAGGAAGAAUCAAAGCGUGAUCAGGUGGAGGUGCCAAUGUUUACAUUUCACAGACUGCCACAGAACAACAAGAUUGAGAGUGCAUUCCAAGAUGCUGCCAAGGCCCUUGGUGAGGCGAUGGACACGCCAAAGCUUGAAGGAGGCCUUGAAACAGCUGGCGUAGAGGUCAGUUUGCCUAAAGUGAAUGAAGGACAGAAGGUGACAUCACCUUCAGGACUUAUUAACAUCAUGGAGCGGUUGAAUAGAUUUAAAGCAAAAACACCCACAGCUAAUGUCUCCCUACCAGAAGUGAAAGGUGAGCUCCAUACCUCUAGCCUUGAUGUCAGCUCUACCUCAGACAUAGAUAGUUCCACUAAGCUUAAAAGAGGGACUUUCAAAGUUACAAAACCUGAAUCUGGGAUAGGCCUGGAAUACCCUGUAGUGGACUCAGAGGGAAACGAUAGCAUGUCAAUAAGCCUCUCCAAUAUGCUUGGUCUGAAUAUCAAAGAGCCCGAUACAGAUUAUUGAUAGUUUCCAGUCAUGUGAACCGUACACUUGGGAUAAACCAACAUGAUUGUAACUACUUUGUAAAUACAUCAAUUUGUUCAUGAGUUGACUCCAUUUUAAGGAUGUGUUUUGUCUCUAUGUACAAACAAAACAGAAACAUGUAAUUAUUUGUUUGUCGAUUCUCUGAUAACUUAGUUAAUCCAUAUGCUACUACAUCUAUAUUCAAACAGUUGACAGCAAAAUGAAGGAAAAUAUGCUCAUUGGCUCUGUGUACCCAAACGUAUUUAAAUGAUGGUAAUGUUUCCCAAAUGCUGUUCACUUGGAAGUUAUUUUGAUUUUUUUUUUUUUACAAAUGCCUCAGUAUUGUAUCUUUCACAAUUCAGACAUGUUUCACCCAUAAAGGAGACAAUCUUUAUGGAAGCUGUCAUCUUCACAUUUUAAGCUAAAACAAUUGUUGAACAGUGAAAUGUAAUUCUACUAUUAAUAUGUUAUUUCCUACUCCAAUAAACUCCAAUAUGUCUA